GGUAGUUACACUUUGAGCGACGGAUCACUGGCAGAAGCGGUUGUAGGAUGCUAAAUGCGACAAUGUUAUCAAGCGACACAUAAAGCAUUACGCUUGUAUGCGCACCGAAGCGUACCAAUAUUCGCAGGUCGCCGUGGCUUGCGACAUUUCACCUCGACGACCUCUUUGAGGGCCGCCCUACGCAAGGUGCAGUCUGAGUUGGAACAGCGCAUAGCUGCAAUCCCCAUAUCACGCUUCCGGAACUUCUGCAUUGUCGCCCAUGUCGACCAUGGCAAGUCAACCCUCAGCGAUCGCCUACUUGAACUCACGGGCACCAUCCAGCCCGGAGGAAACAAGCAGAUAUUGGACAAGCUGGAUGUAGAAAGAGAACGAGGCAUCACAGUCAAAGCGCAGACCUGUUCCAUGCUCUGGAACAGCAAUGGUGAUGACUACCUGCUCCAUCUGGUCGAUACUCCCGGGCACGUGGACUUCCGCUCUGAAGUCAGUAGAAGUUAUGCUAGCUGUGGAGGAGCAAUACUGUUAGUUGACGCAUCUCAGGGCGUGCAGGCGCAGACAGUCUCAAACUUCUACCUCGCCUUCGCGCAAGACCUUACUCUUGUGCCCGUGCUGAACAAGGUCGAUUUACCCUCUGCUGACCCACAAAGAACGCUGAACCAGCUCCGUGACACCUUCGAGAUCGAUGCUAGCAAUGCCGUCAUGGUCUCUGCAAAGACGGGUCUGAACGUUGAAAAGCUUCUGCCUACGAUUAUCGAGCAGAUACCGGCGCCGAAAGGCGACGAGCGCGCCCCACUCAAAGUACUCCUUGUGGACAGCUGGUAUGAUAACUAUAAGGGUGUUAUACUGCUCGUUCGCAUCUUUGAUGGUACGCUUCGACCUGGCGACCGGAUCUUUUCUUUCGCUACGGAACUGGAGUACAUCGUGGGCGAGGUCGGCAUCUUGUACCCAUUUGAGACGCCACAGACGUGCCUACGUGCUGGACAAGUCGGAUACGUCUACUUCAAUCCUGGAAUGAAAAGAAUUAAGGAGGCGAAGCUAGGCGACACAUUUACUACGGUGGGCAGUGUCAAGGAUGUCACGCCUCUGCCAGGCUUUGAAGAGCCACAAAGCAUGGUGUUCGUCGCCGCUUUUCCGACCGAUCAGAGCGACUACGCACAUCUCGAGGACAGUAUCAAUCAAGUCACUUUAAACGAUCGGAGCAUUACAAUCACUAAGGAGAGCAGUGAAGCGCUGGGCGCAGGGUGGCGACUUGGCUUCCUCGGCACUCUUCACUGCUCCGUGUUCGAGGAUCGCUUGCGACAGGAACACGGAGCUAGCAUCAUCAUCACCCCACCCUCAGUUCCCUUCAAGGUCAUUUGGAAAGAUGGCAGAGAAGAAAUCAUCAGCAACCCGAAUGACUUCCCAGAACCCAACAGUCAACAAUACCACGGCAAGAUCACAGAGUUGCAAGAACCCUACAUCACCGCCACAAUUACACUACCCGAAGACUACCUCGGCAAGGUGAUCGAGUUAUGCGAAGCCAACCGCGGCGAGCAGCAAAGCCUUUCCUUCUUCACCGCCACCCAAGUCAUCCUUAAAUACCUUCUGCCCCUCGAACGACUUGUUGAUGACUUCUUUGGCAAGCUCAAAUCCGCCACGAAAGGCUACGCCUCCCUCGACUACGAAGAGGCCGGUUACCGCCACAGCGCCAUCGCCAAGCUCCAGCUCCAUGUCAACAAAGUCCCCGUGGAUGCCGUAGCUCGCGUGGUGCACUCUUCGCAAGCCGAACGGUUAGGCAAGCAGUGGGUGGAGAAGUUCAAGGAGCACGUUGAUCGGCAGAUGUUCGAGGUCGUCAUUCAGGCGGUGGUGGGCAAGCGCAUUGUGGCGCGGGAGACGCUGAAGCCGUUUCGCAAGGAUGUUACGGCGAAGCUGCAUGCUGCAGACGCCUCACGCCGGAGGAAGUUGUUGGAGAAGCAGAAGGAGGGAAGGCGGAAAUUGAGGGCGGUGGGGAAUGUAUCCAUUGAUAACAAGGCUUUCCAGACCUUCUUUGCUAAGUAGUGUAAACGAAGUCGCGCCUGCGCUUGAUCAUCAACCUUUCUAGUACUUUCGAUGUGCACGCAGUAUAUAAAGUCCUCGGGCUUUACCUGAGGGCGACUCCACUUUGCUUUAUCACUCUCUUCC